CGCCAAAUUUGAAAAGGCAUCCGGGGCUGAGAGUGCGCCCUGUGCGCCCCGAGCAGCCCCGGACCCCGCGCGGGCAGCAGCAGCCCCGGGGCUCUGCGAUACGACGGAGCGGGGCGGCAUCGGGGUCCCGUUAAGCGAGAGCAGAAAGGGGAGCGAGGGGGAAACCCCUCGUCGUGCAAAAAUGCACUUCGCUCUUUUCUUGUCCUGGUGCUGCUGCCUGCACGGAUGCGCGCUGGGGACCGGCUUCCUCUAUCAAUUCCCGGCAUCGACCCUGCAGCACAACUACCCCGAGCAGAGCUCGGGCUCGCCGGGCAGCGGCUUCGCCAGUCGCCGGCACUGGUGUCACUAUACGGUUACACGGACUGUCUCCUGUCAAGUGCAGAAUGGGUCAGAAACGGUGAUCCAGCGAGUUUAUCAGAGCUGCCGGUGGCCAGGACCUUGUGCCAACUUAGUGAGUUACAGGACUCUUAUAAGACCCACGUACAAAAUGUCCUACCGAACUGUGACCACGCUGGAGUGGAGGUGCUGUCCUGGGUUCACAGGGAGCAACUGCGAAGAGGGUUCCCUGGGCCGCCAGCACGGUCGCUCUUCCAGCCGGGACCAAUGCAUGAACUGCACAAGACUAGCAGAUAUGACCGAGAGGCUGAACACUCUUGAGGCCAAGAUCCUUCUGCUUGAAGCAGCAGAGAGGAGCCCACCACUGGAAAACAACCUGCCUAUCACUGGGACCACAGCUACCUGGUACGACGACUUGCUGCCGGAUGCUUUUCCUCUUCUAAAUCCUGGGACUGUCCUGAGGAAAACAGUGGGACCUGUUGAGCCUAAAGGACACAGAGGAGCAGAGGAGCAGCUAAUACCACAGGGGUUACCGGGACAGGUUGGUCCUCCAGGCCCAGUUGGACCAACUGGUCUUCCAGGACCACCAGGACCAAAAGGCGAGAAGGGACAACCUGGGGAGAGGGGCCCAGCAGGGCCACCAGGGCUGUUGGGACCUCAAGGACCAAGAGGACUUCCAGGAGAAACUGGGAUUCCAGGUCCCCCAGGUCCUCCAGGACCACCUGCCACCCCAAGCCUCCCACUUACCUUCCAGCAAGGGGUUCUCUACUCCCUCCAGCCCACAGCUGAAAAAGAAAAUGGAGAACCCCAGCUGGCCUCCACUGUCAUAGAUACCAUCAUGGCUGGCCUGCCAGGACCGCGAGGAGCACCGGGCCCUGUGGGACCCCCAGGACCACCAGGCGCAUCAGGACCCAAAGGGCCCCCAGGACCUAUUGGAGUCCCUGGAUCACAAGGCUUACCAGGCUCCCCAGGACAGCCUGGGCCCAAAGGCUCCAAAGGAGACCGAGGAGAGAGGGGGCAAGCAGGUCUGACUGGAGAGAGGGGCAUUAAGGGACUUCCUGGUGAACCAGGCAAGAAGGGCGAGGAAGGUGAUAAAGGUGCUGAUGGGGAAGGUGUUCAACAGCUUCGAGAAGCUCUGAAGAUUUUAGCUGAGAGGGUCUUGAUUCUAGAGCACAUGAUAGGAAUUCACGACUCUUUAUCUUCCAUUGAGCCAGGCUCUGGACAAGACGUGAUCCCGGGUUCCCCCCUGCGAAGCAGCAUCAAGAUCAAGCGUGGAGGACCCCAGCAACCACAAGCCUACCAGAUCCUCUCUUCACUGCUGGAUGACAGUGAAGCCAAAAGGAGAAGCAGUCGGAUGAAGUAGGAGCAUCUGAAGUCUUCUCCCUGCCCGUCCACCAGUUAAAGAUACAGUAUCCCAGUGCUUAAUUGCAGAGUGCAAAUGAAGUGAGUAGGAAGCUCUAGUAUUGGCAAUUGAGUUUGCUUACCUGGCCAAUUCUAUGCCCUUAUUGCAGGGAGUAUCUUACCCAUAGCUUGGAGAGGGUCUUAAGGAUGUUUUUCUUGAUAUUGUUAUUUUGCCUUUGGAAUACCAGAUGUCAUGUAUUGGAAGCUGUCCAUAGCAAUAACACCUCCUGAAUAUGGCUCCAGAGUUUAAUCAUUCCCUUAUUUCUUCAUCCCUUGAAAGUUACUCAGUAAAGCUCUGCUUAACUGCUGACAUAAUCAAUCCCAAUUAGGCUCAUAGCCAAACCUUAGCCUUGUCCUUUGGUGUAGUUGGUGGCAUCUGCUUUUGUUUCAUGCAAUGGUGUCAAGCUGACUCCCACUUGAAGGUAACGCUUUUAGAGGCCUUUAAAGCAUUCUCAUCUGCAAGGAUUUCUCUUAAGCAAAGAACAAGUUGGAAAAUCCCAGGAAUGCUUUAAACUGUCUGAAAAUUCAGAUUCCUGUUCACACUUUAGCAUCAAAAUCUCUACUCUUCAUGUUGCUGAUUGCAUGUGAACGGCAUUUAUUUCUGUUGGUGAAAGGACUUUCGAUGAAUAAGUUCACAGUGUACACUGACUUCAACGAGAUUAGGCUGUUUCUGUAAAAGUUUAGACAGUAUGGAUGGAAUAUGAUGGAAUUGCAAUGGAGUUCUGCCCCGCUGUGUUCAUUUUGCACCUACAUGUAGUGAAAAUUAAAUAGCAGCAAUAACUAUUCUCAGAGAAUGUUUUGCAAUAGUUUCUUAACUCCAUGUCAAUAAGUAAAAGUAUUACCACAGGUUUUCUUAUUCUAUGGGUGAAUCUUUGCUACUUGAAUCCCCAGCAUAGCAGCAAAUCACACUCUGGGAUUAGUCUUGACAGGAGCUUAUCCUGCACUCAGGAGCUAAAUACAAAAAUCAUUUUACUAUUUGCAAUAACAACUGUCUGGGGAUCUGAGGAAAGUCCCAGCAUUCAAGGUGAAGAGGCUGAACCUGCCUUUCAGCGACCAAUGAAUCUCUUACACCUUCUGUGCAAAUCCAAUUGGACAAGCCAUUCACGUAGACACUGAAUUUUGUUAGAAAGGGUAAGACUGAUCGACACAACCAAUGGUACUGAUUUUUUUUUUCCCUUUGAGUUUGCCGUUAUGAAUUCCAAGCUAUUGCAUUAGCUUAAUGAGUACUCUCUCCAUUCAUAUUGACUAGGAUUUCAGAUCUUAAAUGAAGAAAUUAUUUAAAACAAAUUAGUGGUAAGAUGAAAGGAAAUGUAAUAGAAGUUGUUUCCAAUGAAUCCUGCCAAGCCAACAGUCAAAAGAUUGGUUAGGUUUGGGUUGCAACAGUUCUAAUUAUUGCCUUUUCCAAAUUGAUUUAAGAGCUACAUCAGCUUUUGCUCUCCACACUUCUUGCUUCAUUACCUGUAUCUCCCUUUCAUGUGGUACUGUAUCUUUAAAUUGGGUUACAGUGGGAUUAAACCAACUGGACUUUCCCUCUCACCUGGAGUUUCGUUCCUCACUGCUUACACAACAGUCAGACCACACUCUUGUACAGUCCCAGUUUAAAUAUGCUGUAAAGGUGAACACAGCCUCAAACUCAGCUAUUAACAGUAUUCAUGUCUAAGCCAACCAUUCCAACCACAUUUCCCAUCUUAGGCAGGAUACUAAGAUUCAUUUAACCAGGGCAUCUACGCAUCUUGCCAUGUCUGCGUAACUUUGAGAGUGGAUUUAUCUGGAUGCGUGCUCAUUUGGAAAUGUAUUUUAAUUGAAAUGUUAUUGCUUUAUCUUACAUGCAUACUGUGCAAUACCAUAGUGUGUUCUUGUCCUUUUUUUCCUAAAACUUCUUUGAAAUUCUUCAUGUUUCAGUAUGUUUUUAAUUUGGAUCAGUUCUGGUGGUAGAAAUGCAUUUUCCUUGCCGUGAGCAAACCAGAAGCACAUUGCACAACUGAAAACCCUUGCAACUUGUGCACCCUCACAUUCACCAGCAAUCUGGUACACCUGGGAGGUGGAGAAUGCUUCUCUCCAGAAUAUCCAAUUUGCACUUACUGUAAAGAAUUGAUACCAACCUGGGGAAAUAAGAAUAAACGAGAGAGAAGAACACUCGUCUGCUCUCACCAAACUGCAGUAGUUUUGCCAUCACCUCCCAUAGGAACAGGGAGAGGCCAUAACAAGCAGAUCCAAGUCUCCUGCUCACAGGAGCUGGUGCUGCUUGCAGUGGAGCAGAGCACACGGCUCACAUGUGGCUUUCUGAAGGUUUGGCUCUGGGGUUCAGUUUCAAUCCCAGUCUCUGCAAUGAACUGUUUUAAUGUAAUGAACCUGACCACUGUGACAAAGGCUUCCAAAAGACAAUCAGCUUCUGGAAUUACUUCUUAGUACAAUAUAUUGGAAAUUCUUUCUUUUCCAUGUUUACAGCUUCUGCUUUACUCGAGAUUACAUUCCACGCUUGGUGAUAUAGGGGUUGAACUACUUGCAGUCUCCAUGAUUGCUUUGAAACCAGGCAAUUCAAAGGUGCUAUAACUGUCCACAGCGCACAUUCCCACCCAUAGAAGGAAAUGUUAACUUUUUCACUACUUAUUUUACACAGUAUCUUUUUAUUUAUAUCAGUGUGUUUUGUAUGUGUGCAAAUGGGCCCAUUGUAAUAAGCUAUACAACAUUUGGUCUUCAGUAGGGCGGCCAUAGGCAGUACUUUGCAAUCAUGUAGUUUCUUAACUUAGAACACGAAUAAAUAAUCUCUUCUGACACGAUGAGUUAAUUUAUGGCAGGCUCUAAUGUUUGUUGUAAACACAACCUGUUUGUUCCACCUCUUGCAUGGUUACUUACCUGUUUUCAUAUCGCUAUGUUAUUGUUCAAGAUACCUAUUUCUCUUUAUUUGCUAUGGGUUUUGUUACUGUAUAUGGAAUGUUUUGUAUUCAGCAUUUUCUUACAGAGCAGAGUGGGAACAGUAUUCAAGAACCCACAAAUACCAAAGACCUUUCAUGUAAUGCACUGAGAAAUAAACAUACUGUAAAUGAG